GCUGGUGGCUCGAACAUGGUAUCCGAGGACGAGAUUUGCAUGGCAACUAUGGAAGAAUUUGAAAAAGGGUUUUUUAAUUUUAUUUUUAACUCUUAUACAACUACGGACGUAAACGGUAAACGAGUUUCCACCGCCAACACCACUUCGGCUGCUAGAGCGAAAAAAGCACGCAUGGAUAUGGUGAAGUCCCCCGGGUUAGUUGAAAUUUCAUCGUCAGCGGGUCGAAAAAUCAUCUGGUAUUUCACAAAAAAUUUCAAUAAUGUUAAAAAUUAUACCGACUUUCUACGUCCUCUUACACCGGAUCUGUCAGACAUGAUGAAAAAUCACGUGCAACAACAUCCAAUAAAAUUUAGCUUGAAGCUCGAGGCUACUUAUAACCGAUCAAACGUAUCCAAUUCGUCCGAAAAUAGGACGUUUAAAACAUCAGCAGUUGAAGUUUUUUCGGAAAGUAACAUUGCUGAGAUUAUUGAAAGAGCUUAUAUAAAAUUAUUGACCGAGGAAGAAGCUUAUACUAGCAGAGGAAGCGGGUUUACCCUGGAAUCUAUAGAUGGGCUAUUGUUGACCGUGUACAAAUACAUACCGCUGCCUGCGUAUAUUGAUAGAAAACGGGGUACAAUAAAUCCUCAGAAUGUAGACCAACAGUGCUUCAAGUGGGCUGUAUUAGCCAAGCAUGUGACAGGGCCGGCGGUAUAACGUAUAGGAGAAAAUUAUAGACAACACGAGGACAAAUACAAUUUCAAUGGUAUAUCGUUCCCAACGCCAUUAUCCGACGUUAAGAAAUUCGAAUAUAAUAACCCGACUGUCUCUGUGAAUGUGUAUGGGUUAGACAAAAAGUUUCAGCCACCGCGUAAAUAUCCGACGUACGAGGUGUACCCGCUACGUGUCGUUGAUGAGAAGAAAGCCAACCACUUUGAUCUGUUGUUGGUAGCAGACGAAAGCGGGUCGCAUUACAUCUACAUCUCGAAUUUUUCACGCCUUAUACGCUCUCAAAAGACUGGACAUAAAGAGAGUGUCGUAUUUUGCAAAAGGUGCUUUACCAGCUUUGACAAUCAAAGAUAUAAAUAUAAAUUGAAUGGGCUUGAGGCGUUAACUCAGCAUAAGCUUAUAUGCGGUGCACAUAAGCCAAUAUUACCGGUGAUGCCGAAAGAAGGUGAAUGUCUGCAAUUUGAAGCAUGGAGAAACACUCAGAGACAUCCUAUAGUAAUAUAUGCAGAUUUCGAAACUAUACUGAUGAAGACGGAUGAGAAGAAGGGGGGAAAUACAAAAAUAAUGCACAGACAUGAAGCGAUGAGCUAUGGACUCAUUGUGAAGGCGAGCAAUGACGUACCGAUAGAGCUAUUAGCGAGACAUGAGAUACCAACGGAACCAACAUUAUAUCGAGGAAGUAAGAGUCGACAGGACGUGGCGAGACAUUUUGUCGAAACCGUGUCUGAAAUAGCAUUAAAGAUAGAGAAGUUAUUGAAAACGAAUAUUCCAAUAAAUAUGUCCGCAGACGACAUACAAGUUCAUGAAGCAGCGACGCACUGCAACCUAUGCAAAAUCGAGUUUACCCCACCUUCAGAGGUACUAUAUCGUAAGACAGCUGACCAUUGCCAUCUCACAGGAAAAUACCGUCAAACUCUCUGCAAUGUAUGCAACCAAAAACUACGAACACCCGUUUUUGUACCGUGUUACUUCCAUAACUUGUCCAACUAUGACGCGCAUCUGAUAGUCACAGAACUUGGUUAUGACACCCAGACUAUUAGAGUAAUACCAAACACUGAGGAAAAAUACAUAUCAUUCUCUAAAUAUGUGUCAAGUAAAUUCCAAAUCCGUUUCAUAGACACUUUUAGAUUCAUGGCAUCAGGACUAUCAACUCUAGCUAAAAAUCUUGUAACACCAGGUCUGGAGAACUUCAGAGAGACCGCUAAAGUUUUUAAUAAAGUCGAUAUGUCGCUCGUGACUCAGAAGGGAGUGUACCCGUACGAGUACACAGAUAGUUGGGACAGGUUGGAUGAAGAGAGACUACCGAGAAAGAGGGACUUUUAUAGCACGUUAAACGAGUCGGGAAUAAAGGAAGAGGAAUACACGCAUGCAAAGGAGGUCUGGGACCACGGGACCACUUCGGUUGCAAGACGUUGGGCGAGUACAGUGAUCUGUACUUGA